AUGUGGAAAAUUGCGCUGUUAGUGGUUCUAUGUGCCUUAAAUUUAUGGCUUAUAGAAGCUCAAUCUAAUCGAGAAUAUUGCGAAAGUUUGUAUAGAGAUUGCUUAAGAUUUACACCCAGAUUGGGACGAUAUGAUGAGACUAUAGAUUCCUUUAAUCGACAUUGUCGAAGAGAGCGCCUGAGAUGGAAUGAUGUAUCUCGGUGUGAAAUGGAAAAGGCCACCUGUCUGUUAAUCCUGCAUCGCUGUGAUGACAUGUCUUGCCGGAAUAUUGCCGAAACACUUGGUUUAUAA